CCACACACGCUCUAUGCACAGAUUUGCGUUCUCGAGUCCGAGAUAAACGACAAUAACAGGGAACUGGCCUGUACUUCCUAUUAUUUCUGCGGAUAUAGAAGAAAAAUAACAUAUAUCGGUGGAUUCUUGGUUUAAGUAAUCGCAUUUGGAUAACUGGGCCCACAGAGUCGCAGAAAUGAGUCAAUGGUUGGAGCUUCAGCAACUGGAUUCGAAGUUUUUGGAACAGGUGGACCAGCUGUACGAUGACAACUUCCCAAUGGCCAUCCGCCAGUAUCUCAGCAACUGGAUAGAGAGUCAUGACUGGGAACAUGUUGCUAACGUGGAGAAUGAAUCCCUGGCCACUGUAAGGUUCCAUGACCUGUUGACCCAGCUGGAUCACCAACACAGCCGCUUCGCGAUGGAGAAAGACUUCCUGAACCAACAUAACAUCCGCAAGAUCAAACGGAACUUGCAGAGCCUCUUCCAAGACAAUCCUGUUUCCAUGGCAAUGAUCAUCAGUAGGAAUCUUAACGAGGAAAGGAAGAUUCUGGCUGCUGCUCAAACGUCAGAGAAUCGAGCAGAGAGCGCCCAAAACGACAUGAUCGUUGAGAAACAUCGAGAGUUGGAUGGAAGAGUGAAAGACAUAAAGCUGAAAGUACAGGAAACAGAGCAAAUCAUCAAAAAUCUUGAGGACCUGCAAGACGAAUACGACUUCAAGAGCAAAACUCUCCAAAGCAGAGAGGAUAUGAACGGGACCAUUUCAAAAGAGGACUUGAAUCGUGAAAGAUUGGUCAUUUGUGCCAUGUUUAUGAAACUCAACGACAUGAGAGCGGGUGUGAUUAGUCAGAUGUCGGAAGUGUUGAAUCUCAUGGAUCAGGUGGUGUUCGAGUUAAUCUCAUCAGAACUGGCUGAGUGGAGGCGUCGUCAGCAAAUGUCCUGCAUUGGUGGACUAACUAAUGUCUGCUUGGACCAGCUACAGAACUGGUUUACUUCCAUCGGAGAGUCUCUGCUUCAGCUCAGACAGCAACUGAAGAAACUUCUAGAACUGGAGCAGAAAUUCACAUCCGAAAAUGAUCCCAUCACUUACAGCAAGAGCACUUUGGACGACAGGAUAAUGUCAAAUCUCAAAACUGUCAUUACAAACUCCUUGGUAGUUGAGAGACAGCCAUGUAUGCCGACCCAACUUCAAAGACCGCUGGUGCUGAAGACGGGAGUUUUGUUCACUCUCAAAAUCCGGCUGCUUGUAAAACUUCAGGAAUUCAACCACACAGUUCGAGUAAAGGUGCACUUUGAUAAGGAUGUCGUUGAGAAACGGAAAGGGUUUCGUAAAUUCAACAUCUUAGGAACAGCCAUGAAGGUGAUGAACAUGGAGGAAUCCAAUGGAAUGGCAGCAGAAUUCCGUCACUUGCAAUUGAAAGAGCAGAAAGUUGCUGGAAACAGGACCAGUGAGGGCCCUCUGAUCGUCACAGAAGAACUUCACUCCAUCACAUUUGAAGCAGAACUCUGCUGGUCUGGACUUGUCAUGAACUUUGAGACCACUUCUCUGCCCAUAGUCGUGAUCUCAAACGUCAGUCAGCUACCCAGUGGAUGGGCUUCCAUCAUGUGGUACAACAUGCUGAUCUCUGAGCCCAAGAAUCUUUUGUUCUUUGUGAAUCCUCCUCCAGCCACAUGGUCCAAUCUGGCAGAGGUAUUGAGCUGGCAGUUUUCAUCCAUCACCAAAAGAGGGCUCAAUCAAGAACAGCUAAGCAUGCUGGGUGCUAAACUCCUGGGUCCCAAAGCAAUGAUGGAUACCGAAGCUCAGAUUCCUUGGAAUAAAUUCUGUAAGUCUGGCAGUGAGAAAAACUUCACCUUUUGGUUGUGGAUUGAAGGAAUUCUAGACCUUAUAAAGCGACACCUGCUGAGUCUGUGGGAUGAUGGGUGUAUAAUGGGGUUUGUGACUAAGGACCGAACUAAAGCGUUGCUACAUGACAAAGCUCCUGGGACAUUUCUGUUGCGCUUCAGUGAGAGCAAUCGCGAUGGAGCCAUUACGUUCAGCUGGGUUGAACAUGACGCAAAUGAGGAGCCACAAAUUCGGUCAGUGGAGCCCUACACAAAGAAGGAACUCUCUGCUGUCUCACUUCCCGACAUCAUUCGGAACUAUCGUGUGAUGGCUGCCGACAAUGUCCCAGAAAACCCUCUGCGCUUCCUCUACCCCAAUUUACCCAAAGAUGAAGCCUUCAGAAAAUACUAUUCCAAACCUGCAGACAAACAAGAACCAAUGGAUGUUGAUAAGAAGUCAGAUGAGGGCUACAUCAGCACCACCCUCAUCUCCAUCUCUGAAAUGAAAACAGCAGAAUACAACGACACACUCAUGCCAAUGUCACCUGAGGUUUACGGCGAGCUGGAGCGCAUGAAUCAGUACAUUGGAGAUAUUGGAUCUUUGGAGUUGCGGACAGAUUUCCAAUAAGUGAUUUGAAAGGACAGACGACUGGCAAAAAGUAGAAGACUUUUCUUCAAUAUUUGUAAUACCAUAAACAAUACAAGAACAACAAGUUGAAGAACAGACAUAGACAUAUAGGUAGACAAUAGGCAUUGCUAUGUUUCAUUAUAACACUGAGAAAUUUCUUGGAAAAAAACUGUAUACUUGCUGUCCUCUAAAACAAAAAGAAAACAAAAAAGAAACACUUACAGGAAUACUUCACACAAAUAUUAAAAUUCAGUCAUGUCCUCACAUUCAUAUUGUUCCAAACCUGUAUUCUUCCAUGCACCACAAAAGGAGAUAUUAGGCAAAUGUUAGCCUCAGUCAGCAUCCAUUUUUGUAUGGAAAGAGAUGCAGUAAAAGUGAAUGGUGAUUGAGGCUGUCAGUCCCUAACUGGAACAACAGGAGGGUGAGUAAAUUAUGAUUUUUAGUUUUGGGGUGAAUUAUCCCUUUAAGUUCAUAAUAAUGCUGUUGUUACCUCAGUGCUAAAUCUAGCAAAUAAAAACAACUUGUUAAUGUGAUGCAGGGAAGUGUAUAAAUAGCACUUCAUUUAUCUUUGCUAAUAUGCCAAGUAAUGAGAAAAAAAAGUGAGAGAAAGUGAGAGAAGGGUGAAUCUUACAAAACCUGUCAAGAACAUACAUACAAGUAAUACUUCACCCCAAAAUCAAAAGAAUAAGAAAUUCGAAUUGCUUGUUGCAUUGUCUCAUUUUCAUUACUGUAAUGCGGAAAUAUUUUUUUUAUUUAAAUUGUGAAGCAUGCCUAAUUUUAUUAUAGUAUUCUUUUCAAUAAUAUGGUAAAACAUUACUUUGUUACAGUAAUGAGAAUCUAAUCUGAAAUUGAGAAAAACAGACACAUUGUAAUAAUAUAUGUAAAGAUUAAGUUUUGUUAUGAGAAUUUUAUUAAAUAAUAUUUUACAUAAUUUUAACAUUUUGGAUUUUGGGGUGAAAUACUGGACAUGUUUUCGUGAGAUUUACCCGAAAAGAAUUAAAUUUAAACUUUUAAGCUGUUAGGUGUUUAUUUUUUUUAAACACUGUCUCUGUACAUGUGAAAAAAUCUGUUUUCCUGAAAUUGUUCUUGCUGAUGCUUUAUUUGUAUUGUGUCCACUUUAUGUUCUUAUAUGUACUUUUAGUUAUUUCCACUUUUGCACUGGAGUGUACUGCUUUGUUAAAUUACAGGGCAUUAUUUGUCUCGGAUUAAUUUGUCGAGCAUUGAAUUUUUUUGUGAAUCCCUUAGAUUUAAUUGCCUUGUACAACUAUAGAAUUGUUCGUCAUAGACCAACAAAAUAAAAUAAAAUAAAACAGUAAAAGAGCACUUAAUCGACAUACAGUAGAAUCGUGUUUUGAUAUGAUAAACAUUUGAAAAGAGCAGAUAAAUGUACACUGAUGAUCAAAAACAUUAUGACCACUCACAGGUGAAGCAAAUAACGUUGAUCAUCUCCUAACAGUGCCACAUGUCAAGGUCUGGGUAGAUUAGAUGGUAAGCGAACAAUCAGCUCUCAUAGUCAACGUGUUGAAUGCAGGAGAAAUGGGCAGGAGUAAAGACCUGAGUGACUUUGAGAAGGGCCAGAUUGUUAUGGCCAGACAACUGGAUCAGAGCAUCUCUGAAACGGCAAGGCUUGUGGGGUGCUCCCGGUCAGCAGUGGCGAGUACAUACCGACAGUGGUCCGAGGAAGGACAAACCACAAACCGGUGAUAGGGUGUUGGGCACCCAAGGCUCAAUGAUGCGCGAGGGUUAGAACCGACAGAAGGUUUACUGUGGCACAAGUCACAGAAAAUGUUAAUGAUGUUACGGGAGGAAUGUGUCACAACACACAGUGCAUCGCACCCUGCUGCGUAUGGGGCUGGUUAGACGCAGACCAUCAGAGUACCCAUGAUGACCUCUCUCCACCGUCGAAAGUGCCUACAAUGGGCACGUGAGCGUUGGAACUAAACCUUGGAGCAGAGGAAAAAUGUUGCCUGGUCUGAUGAGUCCCGUUUUCUAUUACAUCACGUGGACAGUCAUGUUCGUGUGCGCCAUUUACCUGGGGAAGUGAUGGCACCAGGAUGCAUGACUAUGACAAGCCGGUGGAGGGAGUGUGAUGCUCUGGGCAAUGUUCUGCUGGGAAACCCUGGGUCCGACCAUUCAUGUGGACGUCAAUUUGACAAGUGCCACCCACCUAAACAUCGUUGCAGACCAGGUACACCCCUUCAUGGCAAUGGUAUUCCCUGAUGGCAGUGGCCUCUUUCAGCAGGAUAAUGCGCAUUGCCACACUAAACACGUUGUUCGGGAAUGGUUUGAGAAACAUCUUGAAGAGUUCAAGGUCAAAGAGUUGGCCUGGCCUCCAAAUUCCCCAGAUCUCAAUCCGAUUGAGCAUCUGUGGGAUUUGCUGGACCAACAAGUCCGAUCCACGGUGGCUCCACUUCGCAACUUACAGGACUUGAAGAAUCUACUUCUAAUGUCUUGGUGCCAGAUACCAAAGGACACCUUCAGGGGUCUUGUAGAGUCCAUGCCUCAGCGGGUCGAGCUGUUUUGGCUGCACGCGGAGGACCAACAGCAUAUUAGGCAUAAUGUUUUGGCUCAUCGGUGUAUAUUCUAAAUUGUAAACGUUAUGAAAACAUCUGCUGAAUGUUGUUUUAACAUCCAAUAGCGAACGUUUAAAACACAAAUUGCACCUUCUGUAUUAAAAUGCAUACAUCGAAUAAACGUGUGAUAUCAGGGUUAAAAAAAAAAAAAAAAAAAAAUUGCAAAAACUAUUUUUAACUAGAGUUUAAAGUAUGUUUUUAUUUAGUAUUUUUUGUGUGGAAUAUAUUGAUCAGUUUUGACAAUAAAUUCAAACAAAUCUAGAACAUCUAUAGCAUUGCAUAAUAACAAAAUUGAAUCAAAGUCAAACAAUAUUUUACAACACGAUGCAGCACAUUCAUAGCAGUAAAUAACAAAUGUCGCAAUAAUUGCAACGGCUUUUUCCGCAAAAGUUUUAAACAAUGUAAUAAAACAUGACUUAAGUGCGACAUUAUACAAAUAAUUACCUACUUUUAUUACUGUUGUCGCGUCUUAAAGUCAUGUUCCUUCUGUUUAUGCUUCCAAUAAAUAACACAUUUCUUGUAGUUUCACACACACACACACACAUUUACAAAACACACAUUUACAAUACUUUUACAGUAACAAUAGUGUCCCACUAGAAAAUAUACACAUUUCUGACAUCACUUUGGAGUUUUUUCAAGUAUACGCAUGUCUCUAAACUUUACCAUCAAUUCAGUAAAACAAUCAAGUGUGCUUGUAUGCAAAAAAUGUGUGCUUAUAGCCCAUCCAUCUCCAAAGGGACUUAGUUCAGAGUUACACAACUGGUGGGAUGUUUUAAAACCGCAUUUGACUAGAGCAGUGCAUUUAUUUUUCAACUUUUCACUCCAUACAUAAAUGAUACUAAUGCAUGUUCUGACAAUUAAACAAUCAAUUUAUAAAAAUUGUUGCUUGGUUUAUGUACACAACAUGAUCAUUAAAUAAAAUCAUGUGUUACAAUGGCUUA